CACCAAGGAUGCCCACACCGACGUGGUGCCCAUAAUGCCCUACAAAGACUCCCUAUCUAGUUAUAUGCGGGACAAAUACCAGGCUAACCAACGUACAAACACCCAGCGCCGUGACCUGGAUACCAGUGCCAUGGAGACGGUUAUGUCUAACCUGACGAAGGAAUACGAGGACGAACUCGAACUCUGGAUAGAGAUGUCCAACACCGAGGACAGGGAUGUGUUCCUGUCAGAGGCCCGGCUUAUCGGCACCCGUAUUGUCAACGAAAACAAGGAUCGCUAUAAUCUGAGACUCAAUUUACGUGAACUUCGGGACCAGAUUCAGACCAUAGCCUCGGAAAUGGUGGACGAGUUUGAAGAGCACGUGAAGAGCCGGCGCCGGGCAAAGGAAGGGCUCAUGAAAAAGGUUAUCCAUUGGUAUAAGGAGGAGAUCCGCAAAAAAAAUCCUGACAAAAAGUUUAUAAUACCGGAACGAUUGGAGGGCAUUCACCUGGAUCUAGUGAGACUUGGUUUAAAAAAGUUCCAACAUGAGCGUGGACAUAUUACCAAUGAUAGGUACGAGAGCAUUACACGCGACACUAUGGAAGUCGCAUAUAAAAAGGUGCAAGAUGAAAACGACCAAAACGCACCUACUAUUCCUGCAAUUGGCAUAGACCUGGGCACCACCAACUCGUGUGUGGGCUACUACGACCCGGGCCGACACACCGCGGGACAGGUAGUCAUAUUCAAGAACCAGCGCCGGAACGAUGUGACGCCCAGUUGUGUGGAGUAUAGGCCUAAUAGUGAACGCCCGGUGGUGGGCGAGGAGGCUAAGGACAACCGGUUGGCAAACCCCCGGAACAUCAUAUUCUCGGCAAAACGGCUUAUCGGGCGCCGGUAUGACAACCCAGAAGUACAGCACGACUUUGUCGACCCCAACACCAAACUAUAUCCCUUCGAAGUGGUUGACGUGGGGGACAAUAGGGCGGACGUGGAGGUCGAGGUGGACGGUGUGGUCGCUAAGUAUUUACCGGAGGAGGUGUCGGCCCACGUGUUAAGGAAGAUGAAAGAGGUGGCGGAGGAGCGGUUGGGGUACGCCAUACAAAAUGCGGUGAUAACUGUACCUGCUUACUUCAAUGACGCCUAG